UGCCGAUUGGUGGUGGGUGUUAUUCACUGAUAACAAGACUAAAAUUGUAGUGUCGCAUGUCGCCAGGGUCCGGGUUACUCGCGUGCCAAUUUCUUAGUCUUUAAAAUGUUGGUUCUUCUUUUUUCUCCCAUCUUUUCUUCUCUUUAAAUUUUUCCCUCUUAACACUCCAUUCUUUUGUGUUCUGUGUUGUGUCGUCGCUGUUUAUCUUCUGAGAUAAGACGAGAUACAUAGUCCCUCGUGGUUUCCUAAUCUCAUCAUGGCCGCAGACCGCGAGGUUGAGCCUACUCAACACCAGGAUACCAUCACAACCGUGAAAGACCCGGCGGAAACCACCGAAAAAGCCCUGGGCGACACCCCCGACGGCGAAGAACCCAACGACGAGGAAAAGAAAAAACUUCGCCAUGUCGCUGAGAAUCUUCCCAUCUCGGCAUGGCUAGUCGCCGUUGUCGAGCUGUGCGAGCGUUUCACUUUCUACGGCAUGUCGGGUAUCUUCCAGAACUACAUCAAUCUGCCUCUCGACGGUAGUCAGGGUCGUGGUGCGCUGGGAAUGGGUCACCAGGGUGCUACUGGUCUGAAUACGUUCUUUCAGUUUUGGUGUUAUGUUACCCCCAUUCUUGGUGCCAUUGUGGCCGACCAGUACCUGGGCAAAUACAAGGCCAUUGUGCUCUUUUCGCUCGUCUACAUGGUCGGUUUGCUGAUUAUGGUGUGCACCUCGAUUCCUGCCUCUUUGGAGAAUGGCGCUGGUUUGGGUGGUUUCAUCGCGGCGAUUCUGAUCAUCGGUAUUGGAACGGGUGGUAUCAAGAGUAACGUUGCUCCUUUGAUUGCGGACCAAUACAAGCGCAAGAGAAUGGCCGUUAGCACCAAAAAAGGCGAACGAGUUAUUAUUGACCCCGCCCUGACGAUCCAGCGGAUCUACAUGAUUUUCUACGGCUGCAUCAACAUCGGCUCGCUGUCGUUGCUGGCAACGCCAUACAUGGAGAAACUCGUGGGUUACUGGUCCGCCUACCUACUCUGUCUGUGCAUGUUCAUAGUCGGAACCACGACCGUCCUGCUCGGCCGGAAAUUCUACGUCGUCCGCCCGCCGCAGGGCUCCAUUAUCACCGAUGCAUUCAAGGCCCUCUGGAUCAUGGUCAUCAGCCGCAACAUGGACGCCCCCAAACCAACCUGGCAGGCAGAAAAUGGAGGCCGCCGUACCAACCUCCCUUGGGACGACCACUUCAUCGACGAACUCAAGCGCGCGCUCGUCGCGUGCAAGGUGUUCUGCUUCUACCCCAUCUACUGGGUCGUGUACACGCAGUUUUCGGGUAACUUUGUCACGCAGGCCGGACAGAUGGAGGGCCAUGGCAUUCCAAACGACCUUAUGCAGAACUUCGACCCAAUCUCCAUUCUCGUCUUCAUCCCCAUCCUCGAGACGCUGAUCUACCCCCUCAUGCGCCGCCUGCGCAUCCCCUUCAAGCCCAUUACGCGUAUCUCGCUGGGUUUCAUCGUCGCCUCCCUCGCCAUGAUGUACGCCGCCAUCGUCCAACACCUCAUCUACUCCGCCGGCCCCUGCUACGAGCACCCGGGCUGCGACGCAUCCAUCGUCGACGGCACAAGCCAAGGCAACCACAUCCACAUCGCCAUCCAAACUCCCGCCUACGUCUUCAUCGGUCUAUCCGAAAUCUUCGCCUCCGUCUCCGGCCUCGAAUACGCCUACACCAAGGCCCCGCCAUCCAUGAAAUCCUUCGUGCAAUCCAUGUACCUUCUCACCAACGCCUUUGGUGCUGCCAUCGCUGAAGCCCUCACCCCCGCUGCGUACGACCCUGCUAUUAUGUGGAUGUUCACUGGUGUCGCGUGUGCAUCGUUCUGCACGGGUAUCAUCUUCUUCCUCAUGUAUCAUCACUUGAACGCUCAGGAGGAGGAUAUGAACGCAUUGGAUGCGGAUGAUCUGGAUACCCCUGCCACCGUUGUUAGGGAGGAACGGAAGGAGUAGUUUGGUUUUAUUGGGUUAUGAGUUGGUUCUGUUUUCGUUUCGUUAAUAAUGUAAAGUACAUAAUGUAGCUCGCGGGUCGGGUCGGGGAUGUUACGAAUCAUGAAUGAUGUGUUCAUUAUCAGUAUUGAACUAAUGAAUAUAAAAGCUUUUCUAUCG